GCGGCUCAGUGGAAGAAGAAGAAGGCGGCGGAGGAGGAGGGUGGGAGUGAUUUUUUUUUUUUUUUAUUUUUUUCUUUCCUCCUUCCUCCACGCGAGUUUUCCGCCAUGAACCCCAACUGUGCGCGCUGCGGGAAGAUCGUGUAUCCCACGGAGAAGGUGAACUGCUUGGAUAAGUUCUGGCACAAAUCAUGUUUCCACUGCGAGACCUGCAAGAUGACCCUGAACAUGAAGAACUACAAGGGCUACGAGAAGAAGCCCUACUGCAACGCACACUACCCCAAGCAAUCCUUCACCAUGGUGGCAGACACGCCUGAGAACCUGCGCCUAAAGCAGCAGAGUGAGCUCCAGAGCCAGAUCCGCUACAAGGAGGAGUUCGAGAAGAACAAAGGGAAGGGUUUCAGCGUGGUGGCCGACACCCCCGAGCUGCAGAGGAUCAAGAAGACUCAGGAUCAGAUCAGCAACAUCAAGUACCACGAGGAGUUCGAGCGGAGCCGGAUGGGGCCCAGCCCCAGCGAGGGCUCGGAGCCGGAGCGCCGGAAUUCCCCGGAGAGCGGCGCCUACCGGAGAGCAGAGCAGCAGCAGCAGCAGCAGCACGGCCAGCCCGGAGCCACAGUUUACCAGCAGCAGCAGCAGCAGCCGCCUCCAUCCCAGUCCUACGGCUACAAGGAGCCAACUCCGGCCUCCUCACAGCGCAACGCCCCGGCCGGAGGGGGGAAGCGUUUCCGUGCCGUCUAUGACUACAACGCGGCGGACGAGGACGAGGUGUCCUUCCAGGACGGGGACACCAUCAUCAACGUGCAGCAGAUCGAUGACGGCUGGAUGUACGGCACGGUGGAGCGCACGGGGGACACGGGCAUGCUCCCGGCCAACUACGUGGAGGCCAUCUGAGCCCUGCCCCGUGUCCCCUCCCCGUGGGUGCGGCUCUUGUCCCCUCCCCGCCCGCUCCGCCCCUCCGAGCCGCGUCCCCGUGUCCCCAUGCGGGGUGGGGAUCAAAGCUCCCAGGGCGUUUGUCCCCCUGUCCUUCCUGUCCUGCCCUCCCGGUGAGGGGAGCCUCUGGAGCCACCGGGAUGCCAGGAAAAGGGAGGGAGAGGCCAAAUUCAGGACCAAAUUCCCACUGUGGGGCGAGGGAAGCAAGGGGGGCUUGGGGUGGGCUGGCAGCUCUGGCUCAUCCUGCUCCUGGCUGCCCUCAAUCCUCACUCCCUUCAGUGCCCAGAGCAGGAAAGUUUGGAGCUCAAAUCUCCAACAAAAUCUCUCUGCUCUGGCUGCUCCUGCCUCGGCCUGGGCUGUCCUGAGCCCUCCGGAGCAGGAGCAGCCCUGGGGCUUGUCCUGGCUGGAGGCCUGGGCUGGGAUGAGGCCUCUGGAGCUGGGAUGAGCCCCCCAGAUUGGGAUGAGCCCCACAGACUGGGAUGAGCCCCCCAGACUGGGAUGAGCCCCCCAGACUGGGAUCAGCCCCCCCAGAUUGGGAUCAGCCCCCCAGAUUGGGAUCAGCCCCCCCAGAUUGGGAUCAGCCCCCCCAGAUUGGGAUCAGCCCCCCCAGACUGGGAUCAGCCCCCCCAGACUGGGAUCAGCUCACUCUGGGGUCCCCUGGGGGAGCCUUUUCUCCCCACCCAGAAUUUUCCUGCUUUUCUCCUCCUCCUGCUGCUGCUGAGUGCUGCCACCCCUGUGGGCCCAUCCCGGGUCAUUGUCCCCUUGGUGCUGUGACACCCCCAGCCAGCCCACAGCUCUCAUUCCCAGUGCUGGUGGCAGCUUUUUGGGACCACUUUGGGAUCAUGUCAUGGACCAAAACAUCAAAGCACAUCCCUGUCCCCUUCUCCUCCAGAGCUCCUGGGGAGGAUCAGGGCCGGGUUAAACUGGAACUGGGCAGGGAGGGAGGAGCAGGAACCUCUGCAGGGUCCCCGUGCCAGGACCUGGGGACAAUGGGGUUCCAGGGGACAGUGGGGUUGUCCCCCAGCCGGGAGGCUCCCAGGGGGAAGCUCCACUUUUGUUAUUUCCACAGGAAAAUCGGGAAUAAGGGACCAAAGCAGGCAAGUGAGACAUUCCUUGGUCCUGCUGGGGACACCUCCCUUCCUCGGGGGCUGGGACUGGGGCAGAGUCACGCUGGGAAAAGGGAAUUGUGGCUGCAGUGGGCUGGGGACAGGGAUUUGGGGUGACAGAGGGGCAGGAGCAGCCAGGAUGGGCUGCCUGGGCUGGGAAUCCCGGCUGGUGCUAAAACAGGGAGCACAAGGGCAGGGGGAGCCUCCUCUCCCUGCUGAAUCCUCUUCUUAAUCACGUUCUUGUCUGGGAAUGGGGGAGGGAGCCUCAAUGUGAAUAAACCCUUUUUUAAUGGACCAAAUAACACAGGAAAUUCCCUUUUGGGAUACAGAUCUUUUUUUUAAUCCUCCCUCAAAAUCAUUGUCCCUAAAUUCUCCCCUCCCAUGCUCCUUUCACCCCCGCCAUGGGAAACAAAACCUCUUACUGCUUGAUUUCUGCCUUUUCUCUCAACUUUAUGCACUUUUUUGCCUUUUUUUUUCAUAGCUGAAAAGCACCUAAACCUGUAUUUAAAAUAAAUAAAUAAAUAAAUGAGUUAAAAAAAAAAAAAGAAAUUACAAGGAAGAAGAACAAUUAAAAAGCUGAGUAAUUGCUUCUCAUCACGUGUAAAAUAGACCUUGUCCAUCCCAGCUUCCCUGGUUGUGUCUCAGUGCUGAGCUUAGAACGUGUUUUCCUUGGGAUCUGUUGCUUAAUUGGGGUUUUGUCCUUGUGUCCUCCUUCCUGGGUUGAGCACCCACCAGGAAAAAAAAAACAAAAAUUUUUACAAAAUUAUUUGGCCUUUUUAUCCAAAAGAAAGAAAACCCACGGAAUGGAACAACCCGACCAUCGAUUCUCUUGCUGGUUUACUCGGAAUUGAAAAUAAAAGUUUAAUUUUUACCUGC